AUGACAGGAAAUGUUCCUCCGUGUGCUGACACCCUGCUGAAGGGUGCAGCCUCUCGCUCCGCCACGACCCCCGAAGAGAUUGCCAGAGAAAAUGACCUCCUCCCAAAACUCAUGCCCUAUCUCGACCGCCACCUUGUCUUCCCCUUACUGGAAUUUGCGUCUGGCCAAGAAGAAGGAGGUGACGAGGUUGAUGAGAUAACCAAGGCGAAGUAUGAGCUCUUGAAGCAUACCAACAUGACGGACUAUGUUGCAAACCUGUGGCAGGAAAUUCAUAACUCUGACACUAUACCCGAGGAAUUUGUCAAGAAACGGGAGGGAGUUGUGAAGAAACUGCAGCAGUACGUUGAGGACAGCAGCAAGAUCACGGAACUUUUGCAGGACGACAACGUAGUCAGCAAUCUGCGAAGUGAUAAAGCUGCCAAUUUGAAGUUCCUUGAAGAGCAACAUGGUGUGACGAUGGAUAUGGUCAAUAUUCUUUACGAUUAUGGUCGAUUCCAAUACAGCUGUGGCAGCUACGCCAAUGCUGCUGAGCUCCUUUACCAGUUUCGUGUCCUGUCGACCGAUAACGACAAGGUAGCCUCUGCCACGUGGGGCAAGCUUGCUUCUGAAAUCCUAACCACCAACUGGGAGGCUGCCAUGGAAGAAAUCCAGAAAGUCAAGGAAUCAAUUGACACCCGCCUUUUUAACAACCCCCUCGCCCAACUCCAGCACCGCACAUGGCUGAUCCACUGGUCGCUUUUCCCUUUCUUUAACCAUGACCCUGCUCGUGACACCCUAACGGACCUCUUCUUCUCCCCCGCCUACAUCAACACCAUCCAAACUGCCUGCCCCUGGAUUCUUAGAUACCUUGCUGCAGCAGUCAUCACCAACCGCGGACGCGCACACAAGAAUACCUCUCUAUACCAGAAGCAACUGAAGGACCUAAUUCGUGUUGUACGACAAGAACAAUAUGAAUACCAGGAUCCUAUUACGGAAUUCAUUCAGGCACUCUACAUCGAUUUUGACUUCGAGGAGGCGCAGAAGAAGUUAGGGGAGGCCGAGGAGAUUCUUAAGAAUGAUUUCUUUCUUGUUGCUGCAGGUGAUGCAUUUGUGGAUGCGGCAAGACAUUUGAUCUCCGAGAGUUAUUGCAAGAUCCACCAACGUAUUGAUAUUAAGGAUCUAUCCACUCGACUUGGCCUCAACCAGGACGAAGGCGAGAAAUGGAUUGUCAACCUUAUUCGUGACACUCGGGUCGACGCGAAAAUCGACUACAAAGAAGGUACUGUUCUCAUGAACCAUCCACCACAAUCAGUGUAUCAACAAGUUAUCGAGCGAACCAAGGGAGGAUUUUUCAGAACUCAAGUAUUAAGGUAA